AUGGCGAGCUCAUCUCGAUACAUUGCCGGCCUGGCCGUUCUCUCAAGCCUCGCCAAUGCCAAGGUGUACAAGAUGCCAGAGGCCACGACCUCGUUCGACUUCCCCCUCGACAAGUUCAGCCCCCAGCCGACAAAGGCGCCUGCGUACGCGGAUCUGAGGAGGCGGCAGACGUCGACAACCACGACCGUCCUUGUCGCCCCGGACAACACGUGCGGCUACAUCUCCGGCCGUGCCGGCGCCGCUUACACAUGCGGCUCUUCCGCCAGCUGCAUCUUCUUCACCGCCGUCGACAGGAGUACCCCCGGCCGGGUCGCCUGCUGCGGCACCCAAGAGUGCGGCGCGCGGCGCACCUGCUACGAUUCCAGACAGGUUUCCUCGUCGAGUCUCUGUGAUGGCGGCUGUCUCGUCGACCGCUUCACUCUCAAGUGCACCAACACUGCGCGGCCGUAUUGCAACACCAUCUCCUUCUCGGAGAGCAUCUUCGACUACUGGUGCAACACGGCCGAGAUCUCGACCCCUCAAGCCGCUUUCACUACAUACGAAGGCCAGUCUGCCCGGGAAUGGUCCCCGCUGGCCCUGACGGACGAUCCCACGUCGACCAGCUCCGGCAGGACCACCAGCUCCACCGUCACUACGACGGUGGAACCCGGCCCGGUCACCUCGACUUCGGCACCCGACCCCGACAAUGACACAAAAUCAGUCCCCAUCGGCGCCAUCGUCGGCGGUGUCGUGGGCGGCGUCGCAGUCAUCGCCCUCGUCAGCCUAGCAAUCUGGUUUCUCCUCCGCAAGAAGAAGCAGAACCCCCAAGGCCAGCAGCAGCAGCAGCAGCAGCAGCCUCCGAUGAACCAGCAGCACAUGAGCUACGCGCCGGGGCCGGGACCGCAUGGCUCGCCGCCGCAGAACGCCGCCAUCACCCACACCCAGUCCUUCUACGACCCCAAGUUUGGCGGCCAAGGCGGCUACCCCCAGAGCUUCGGCGGCACGCCGCCUCCGCCCCAGCAGGGCGGGUACCAGCAGCCGUACUACGGCGGCAACAUGGCUGUGCCCGACCGCGCCGACACGACAAGCCCCGGCGCCGUGUCGCAGAUGACGCACAACCGCCUCAGCACGCAGCCGCAGCCGCAGCCCGUCAGCCCCAGCGGCACCCCGGGAGGGUUCCAGCAAUAUGGGCAGCAGCCGCAGCAGCCUUUGCAACCUCAGCAGCCGCCACCGGCGACGAUUCACGAGGCACCGACGAAUGGCGACGGCCACCGGGGGCACAUGCACGAGCUCGCCUAA